GCAGUGACCUUCCACGACGUGGCUGUGAACUUCACCCCCGAGGAAUGGUCAUGCCUGGCGGCCUCUCAGCAGAAGCUCUACAGGGACGUGAUGCUGGAGACCUACCAGCAUCUGCAGGCUGGAGUGAAACCUUAUGCGUGUGAAGCAUGUGGGAAGACCUUCAAUAAAUCAUCACAUCUUUUUAGACAUAGGAGAAUUCAUAUAGGAGAGAAAUCUCAUAAAUGUCAGACAUGUGGGAAGGCCUUUAUACAGCCCUCAGAUCUUAAUAGACAUAUGAAAACGCAUAGUGGAAAGAAGCCUUAUAUAUGUCAGACAUGUGGGAAGGCCUUUAAUCGGCCCUCAGAUCUUAAUAGACAUAUGAAUAUUCAUAGUGGAGAGAAACCUCAUAAAUGUCAGACCUGUGGGAAGGCCUUUAUUCACACCUCGUCUCUUUAUAGACAUAAGAAUACGCAUAGUGGAAAGAAGACUUAUAUAUGUCAGGAGUGUGGAAAGGCCUUUGCUGGAGCCUCAAAACUUACUGUACAUCGGAGAAUUCACACUGGAGAGAAACCCUAUAUAUGUAAGGAAUGUGGAAAGGCCUUUGCUGCAGCCUCAAGACUUACUGUACAUAGGAGAAUUCACACUGGAGAGAAACCGUAUAUAUGUAAGGAAUGUGGGAAGGCCUUUGCUAAAGCCUCAAGACUUACUGUACAUAGGAGAAUUCACACUGGAGAGAAACCAUAUAUAUGUAAGGAAUGUGGGAAGGCCUUUGCUGCAGCCUCAAGACUUACUGUACAUAGGAGAAUUCACACUGGAGAGAAACCGUAUAUAUGUAAGGAAUGUGGGAAGGCCUUUGCUAAAGCCUCAAGACUUAGUGAACAUAGGAGAAUUCACACUGGAGAGAAACGCUAUAUAUGUAAGGAAUGUGGAAAGGCCUUUGCUGCAGCCUCAAGACUUACUGUACAUAGGAGAAUUCACUCUGGAGAGAAACCGUAUAUAUGUAAGGAAUGUGGGAAGGCCUUUGCUAAAGCCUCAAGACUUACUGUACAUAGGAGAAUUCACACUGGAGAGAAACCGUAUAUAUGUAAGGAAUGUGGGAAGGCCUUUGCUACAUCCUCAGAACUUACUGUACAUAGGAAAAUUCACACUGGAGAGAAACCAUAUAUAUGUAAGGAAUGUGGAAAGGCCUUUGCUGCAGCCUCAAACCUUACUGUACAUAGGAGAAUUCACACUGGAGAGAAACCGUAUAUAUGUAAGGAAUGUGGGAAGGCCUUUACUGCUGCCUCAAGACUUACUGUACAUAGGAGAAUUCACACUGGAGAGAAACCGUAUAUAUGUAAGGAAUGUGGGAAGGCCUUUGCUAAAGCCUCAAGACUUACUGUACAUAGGAGAAUUCACACUGGAGAGAAACCCUAUAUAUGUAAGGAAUGUGGGAAGGCCUUUGCUGCAUCCUCAGAACUUACUGUACAUAGGAAAAUUCACACUGGAGAGAAACCGUAUAUAUGUAAGGAAUGUGGGAAGGCCUUUGCUGCAGCCUCAAGACUUAUUGUACAUAGGAGAAUUCACACUGGAGAGAAACCGUAUAUAUGUAAGGAAUGUGGGAAGGCCUUUACUGCAGCCUCAAGACUUACUGUACAUAGGAGAAUUCACACUGGAGAGAAACCGUAUAUAUGUAAGGAAUGUGGGAAGGCCUUUUCUGAAGCCUCAAGACUUACUGUACAUAGGAGAAUUCACACUGGAGAGAAACCGCAUAUAUGUAAGGAAUGUGGGAAGGCCUUUGCUAAAGCCUCAAGACUUAGUGAACAUAGGAGAAUUCACACUGGAGAGAAACCCUAUAUCUGCAAAGAAUGUGGGAAGGCCUUCUGUCAAUCUCAGUACCUUCGGAAACAUAGCAGAAUUCACAGUGGAGAGAAAUCUCAUCAGUGUCAGAUAUGUGGAAUGGCAUUCACGUUGUCCUCUUCCCUUACUAUACACAUGGUAAUUCAUACUUGAGAGAAGCCUUAUAUAUGUGUGGAGUGUGGAAACACCUUUACUACAUCCUCGCAAUUGACUGUACAUAGGAGAAUUCACACUGGAGAGAAACUUUAAUGUAAGGAAUGUGGGAAGGCCUUUGCUGUGACCUCAAUAAUUAAUGUAUAUAGUAGAAUUCACAUUGGAUAGAAACCAUAUAUAUGUAAGGAAUGUGGAAAGGCCUUUGCUGGAGCCUCAGACUUAUUGAACAUAGGUGCAUUCACGCUGAAGAAACACUGCUUGAGCACCCUGCUGCUCCUAGUUUGGGAACUUGAGCGACUCUCAGCUACUGAAGCAAACGGGCCCCCAUUGGAAGCCAAACUUCUGGUCAGGCUGUCUGAAACCAGAAGCCGCCACAUCCAGCAGCGGGAGGACCCAUCCCUGGGGGCGCUGAAUUCCAGCAGGGUUUUGGCCUUGCCCCUCCCGGGGCACAGGGACCCCCUGCGCGCUCCCACCGCCUACUCCCCUGACCUAGCCGUCCUAGGGGGGCCGUAG